AUGAAGGUAAUUCCAGUACUUGUAAAUAGAGACAACUACUCUUACUUGUUAGUCGAUGAAAAAAAUAAACUUGGUGUUGCUAUAGAUCCAUGUGAACCAACUAAAAUAAUUUCAGCAGCUCCAAAAGAUAUUCAAAUUGAAAAUGUCUUUACAACUCAUCAUCAUUGGGAUCACGCAGGAGGUAAUAACCAAAUUAAAGAGCUUAUUAAAGGUGUAAAAAUUUAUGGUGGAGAUGAAAGAAUCGAAGGUAUUACAAAUAAAUUAAAUGAUGGGGAUACUAUAAAAAUUGGAUCAUUAACCAUUAAAACAUUAAAAGCACCAGCACAUACAAGUGGACAUGUUUUAUAUUAUGUAUUGGAUGAAGAAGAGCCAAAUAAAAGUGUUUUGUUUACAGGUGACACAUUAUUUAUUGGUGGCUGUGGUCGUUUGUUUGAAGGUGAUCCAAAACAAAUGUACCAUGCACUCUAUGAAAUUAUUGGAAAAUUACCAGAGGAAACUUUAGUUUACGUUGGCCAUGAAUAUACCCUAAACAAUUUAAAAUUUGCUUUAACUUUAGAAUCAGACAAUAACGAUUUAAACAGCUAUUUCAAGCAAGUCGAAAAAAUGGUUGCAAAUCAACAACCAACCGUUCCAUCCACAAUUAGUAAUGAAAAGAAAAUUAAUCCUUUCAUGCGUUGUCAUUUACCUUCAAUUUAUAACAACUAUUUAAAAGCCAACCCACAAUCACAAGUACCACCUGACACAAUUGCCGUUUUAGGUUAUAUUAGAGAAUUAAAAGAUAAAUUUUAA